GAGGGUAGUUAUUGUAGUGGUGAGGUUAGUUGUGGUUACUCAUUGUGGUAGCUCUUUGUGAAUGGUUUAUAGUGAUCUUUCAACCAUGAUGGAACGACGGUGGUUGUGGUGGUGUGUGGUGGUUGUGGUAGGAAUGGUUGGUGGUGCCCGGGGUGCUCUGGAUAUUGAAGCCUGGAAAGGGGAGGAGCCGCUCACCCCGGAGAGAAUAGUCAGGGAGGUGGUGGAGUACUUCUCUCAGCGCGACCCUCACGGCAUCCCAGUGCUCAAGGUGCCUGAAUCUAUAGAACUGCCUGACCGAGUAAGCGCCUCUCAGAUCACCCUCUGGGACCUCAAGAUCUCAGGGCACUCCGGCCUCAGACUCGAGCAUGUCAACGUCAACCUCACCUCCUUUUCGGGGAAAGUGAAGAUCAGUCUGCCAGUGAUCAACCUCCAGGGACAGUACAGCUGGCCAGGGUGGUUUUCGACCAGCCAGGGGGCCACUAACGUCACCAUGGUCGGGAUUGAGGUGACAGUGGACCUGUACCUGGGAGUCAACAGCGACGGUAUACUGAAUUUGGAUGAUCUAAAGAUCACGCUCACCUAUGAUGACCUGAUCCUGGACUUCGAGAACCUGUCUACGCAACACUCUGUCUUAGUGAGCACAGCGGACGUAUUUUUCGGCACAUUUAUCCAACCUCUCAUCAUCGGCAGCGCUCAAGAGAAACUAAUGGAUACCGUCAAUCAACGCCUGCAAAAAAAAAUGAAAGAUAUGCCAUUCCCCAACUCCAUUUCCCCCAUCGACUACGCCAUUGCUAAGGUUCGUCGGGAGAUCAGGAAGCAGAACUUGGACCCUGUAAAGCUGGGGAGGAAAGAUGACACACUGGCUUGGGGAAUCUCCCUCCAGCUGAAAGACAUAGAGUUGGAGGGUCUGGCCACGAUCCACCGCACGCAUGAGAUCUCCGCCCAGUUCAUCGAUAACGCUGUCUUUAUUACGAUCCAGCUAGGAACGCAGGAGCUACAGGGUGGAAGUGAUUGGUCUAUGUCAGCCGCUCUCUUACCUGCCGUGGAAGGUCACCUGAACAUACUGAUUGAAAGUCUGGAGGUGACCAUUGACCUGAAGCAGCCAGUUAACAUCAGGAGCCCGCCAACCCUAAGGAAGAUUGAUAUUCGACUAGGUAAUCUGGCAGUGAGGUCGACAGGUGAGGGCUCUAUGGAUUACCUGUUGGAGGCGUUCGUCAAUAUCGUGCCCAAUGCCCUCAGGAACGUCAUCAUGGACAACAUCGAACCCAGAAUACAGCAGAUAAUACAGAAGCGACUCAACGGACUGGACUUGUACAGGAUGGUUCUGGAUAUACUGGCAGAGAGGCGACGACAGCAGAGGAACAAGCAGCGGCAAGUGCAGAGGAUUCCUUAGGGGCCACUAAGCCCCACU